AUGGGCAUCAAGCAGUCAAAGAAAUUUGUGCCACCUUUAAAGAAGAAAACUGAAAAUGAUUGUCCGUCACAAAUGGUUUUUGAUUCCCAAUAUAUGCAUACCCCAAUCAAACGUAAAACAUUUGAAAUAGGGUUAAAUAACUCCCUAAAAGAUCAAUCUCAGUUUAGAUUCAGAAGUGACAAUUCUAUUCCUUCAACCAUCCUGUUAAAUGACAACAGUAAAGGUCACAGCAGACAUCAGAAUGAAGAGACAUUUGAUAAUUUGAAUUGUCUUAGUACUUCACAUCAUAACCCUGAAGAGAAAGAUGAAAGUGAUAACUCUUUGUUCAGAACAAGAUUAUUUAAAAUGUCAUCGCCAACCAAAGCAGCAAAUAAUCCAGCAAUUGUUAACUGUCCAACUUUUCUUGAUAAGUCGCUGUUACAUGAAGAAAAACAUGAACUUAUAAAUUUUGCUGAAAAGCACAGUGAAUAUAGUGUAACAGACGACGUCAGACCAAAACAGCAGAAUGGCACUCAGUAUGUGAUAAAAGCACAUGUACUUCCUAUGAUGCCACAUUCGUUUAAUGUAAAAGAUGCAACUGGCAAGAGUUCAGGAACUCUGAGGGCAGUUACUGAAAUUCCAGUACAAUUUAGAAGCAUUUUCAAAGAAUUCCCUUAUUUCAACUACAUACAGUCCAGAGUAUUAGAUGAUCUUCUUUAUGGUGAAAAGAAUUUUGUGAUUUGUUCCCCAACUGGUUCUGGAAAGACCGUGAUAUUUGAACUAGCCGUGGUCAGAAUACUGAUGGAAGUUCCAAAACCGUGGUCCAAUAUAAAAAUUGUAUACAUGGCUCCAAUCAAAGCUUUGUGUAACCAGCGAUACGAAGAUUGGAAAGCAAAAUUUGGACCUAUUGGACUGAUGUGCAAAGAGCUCACUGGAGAUACAGAAAUGGAUGAUUAUUUUGAGAUCCAAGAUGCACAUAUUAUCAUAACAACUCCUGAAAAAUGGGACACUAUGACAAGAAAAUGGAGAGACAAUUCAUUAGUACAGCUGGUGCAGCUUUUCCUUAUCGAUGAGGCUCAUGUUGUGAAAGAUGAAAGUCGUGGUGCAACCCUUGAAGUUGUUGUCAGCAGAAUGAAAACAGUUCAGUCAGCUGUCUUGCGUUCAUCUAAGCAACCUGCAGAUAAAGCACUGAGGUUUGUUGCAGUUUCUGCAACAAUUCCAAAUGUUGAAGAUAUUGCAGAAUGGUUAUCUGAUGGAAAGGGACCAGGAAUUUCCAUGAAGAUAGAUGAAAGUCAUCGACCUGUAAAGCUCCGGAAAGUUGUACUUGGAUUUACUUGCUCCACUACUCAAACUGAAUUCAAAUUUGACCUAUGUCUGAAUUACAGAAUAGCUAGUGUUAUACAGACAUACUCUGAACAGAAGCCGACUCUGGUGUUCUGUGCUACAAGGAAAGGUGUGCAACAGUCUGCAUCCAUACUUGCAAAAGAUGCCAGAUUCAUUAUGACCAUGGAACAUAAGCAAAGACUGCAAAAAUAUACAAACUCAAUUAAGGAUGCAAAGCUUAGAGAUCUGUUCACAUAUGGAGUUGGUUACCAUCACGCUGGCAUGGAGCUAUCUGAUAGGAAAGCUACUGAAGCUGCAUUCACUGCAGGAGAUUUACCUGUGCUUUUUACUACCAGCACUUUAGCCAUGGGAGUCAACUUGCCAGCACACUUAGUGGUCAUUAAAUCAACAAUGCAUUAUGCAGGAGGAAUGUUUCAAGAAUACAGUGAAACUGAUAUACUUCAAAUGAUGGGUCGAGCUGGCCGACCUCAGUUUGAUACCACUGCCACGGUAGUCAUAAUGACAAGAAAUCAAACAAAGGACAAGUACACACAGAUGUUAAAUGGAGCAUAUACCAUUGAAAGCAGUUUACACAAGCAUCUUGUUGAGCAUUUGAAUGCAGAGAUAAUACUGAACACCAUCACUGAUGUCAAUGUGGCUUUGGAGUGGAUACGAUCAACAUUUCUUUACAUUAGAGCUCUUAAAAAUCCAAAUCAUUAUGGUUUUGCUACUGGUCUUGACAGAGCUGGAAUUGAAGCAAAGUUGCAAGAACUAUGCCUGAAGAAUUUGCAAGCAUUGUCUUCUAUUGGUUUGUUAAGGAUGGAUGAAGAGAUCAAUUUCAAACCUACAGAAACUGGGAAAUUAAUGGCCCGCUAUUCCAUUGCAUUUGAAACAAUGAAGCUCUUCUGCUUGGUCAGUGGAAAUGAAACUCUAAGUGAACUGGUCACAAUAAUCUCCAGAUGCAAAGAGUUUGCAGAUAUUCAACUAAGAAUCAAUGAGAAGAAGGUUCUUAAUACUCUGAAUAAAGACAAAAAUAGAAUCACCAUCAGGUUUCCUAUAGAAGGAAAGAUUAAAACAAAUGAAAUGAAAGUUAAUUGUCUAAUACAAGCCCAGUUAGGAUGUAUUCCAGUUCAAGAAUUUGCAUUAACUCAAGACAUAGCCAAGAUAUUUAAGUGUGGUAUAAGAGUCACCAAAUGCCUUUCAGAAUUGCUCAUGCAACAAGAAAAGAAGAACUUUUCAGCAUUGUUGAACUCACUGAUAUUAGCCAAAUGUUUUAGGGCUAAACUUUGGGAGAACUCCUCCUAUGUAUCAAGACAACUUGAAAAAAUCGGUGCUACUUUGUCCUGUGCUAUGGUAAAUGCAGGUCUCUCCACAUUUCAGAAGAUAGAAGAUACAAAUUCAAGAGAGUUAGAAUUGAUUGUGAACAGACACCCUCCUUUUGGAAACCAGAUAAGAGAAUCUGUUAUUCAUCUCCCAAAGUACGAACUCAGUGUUGAACAGCUUGCAAAAUACCAUGCUUCAGUGGCAGAAAUUGUUGUGACAAUUACCUUAACAAAUUAUCAGCAACUGCAGAAAAAGAGAACAGCAUCUGACAAUCACCACACCUCUCUCAUCAUAGGAGAUGCAGACAACCAAGUUACUUACAAACAAAAAAUCACAGAUUUAGCUCUACUUAAAACUGGAAGUUGGUCAAAAAAAAUUGAAGUUAAAAGACCUCUUAAAGGUGAAGAACUAAGUAUUAAUCUUAUCAGUUCAGACUAUGUUGGAUUGGAUAUUCAGCAAAAAUAUACCGUCUUUUACUCAGGACCAAAGAGGUUUGGAACACACAUUAUUCGUGGAAAAUCAGAUGUGCAAAACACUCAAUUAGCAAAACAAAACAGCAUAGAGAAUUCAUCAACAGUUCCCUCUACCCAACCUCGAAAAAGACUAUGUAAUCAUUACUGCAAGAAUAAAGACAAAUGUGGUCAUGAAUGUUGUAAAGUUGGUGUAUCAGUUGUGCAGGGUGGUAUUACACCACAGGCAACAACAAAACUUUCUUCCUAUCUCAGUGACCUUAAAAGUAGAAGUGAGACUUCCUCCGCUCCAUCAGUUAAGCGACUAAAGGUAGAGAUGCUAAAUGAAUUAGGAUCAGUAAAUCUUCAACAGUUUGCUUACAUGCCCAAACAUCCAUUGUCAACAUUACCAAGGUACUAUGAAACAAAACCUGCUCCAACAGCUCAAGCACAGAACUGGGAUCAAUUAGACAUCUGUAAAAGCAAUUAUCAACAACAGCAGACACAUGAUGAUGAAGGAAAAUACUCUUUGACUUCAUCAAAACCCAGUUCAUCUGUGAUUCUGCCACACCAGAAUAUGCCGAGUGCUUUCAACUGCAAUUCUGAUGCAAAUGAAAGUGGCUACUGGUCAUCAGGAGGCAUAAAUGUGACUUUUGACCUAGGAGAUGACUUAUGGGGUGACUUUGAUGAUGAGAAACUUGUACAAGCUAGCAAUUUGGUCAGUUCAGAGGAAACCAACAUUAAUUACCAAAAAGAUUCUUCCUGUAGUACAUAUCCAAAUUUUACAGAAUAUAACCGACUGCCUGAACGUCCAUACAAAAAGUUUGAGAACCAAACAGUAAACGGUGAACGCAAUCGGCAUAGACACCUGCCAACAAUGGAACAGUCCUGCUCCUUAGCAGUUGACUCAACAGUUAACGAAACACCUAAAAUCCUUGGAACUACUCACCACACAACCUUUAACCAAGGUUCAGAGGAAGAAUUGAGUUCUGCAUCAUCCAAAGUGAAUGCACUGAAAUAUUCCAAAAAUAGUGGGCCCUUGGACUGCUUCCAUCACUUUGGAACAACUACUGCAAGAAAACCCAGCUACUAUGCUGAAGUUUUUAGUACCAGUUUCUACAAGCUCUCCACCACUGCCUUCAAGAACGAAGAGUCGCCGCCGCGUAUCUCGGAAACAUGGCAAGAGGGCUGGGCUGCAGAUGAGGCUUAA